AUGUACAUGUGUGUUUCAGUGUUUCCUGCAGAUGUCCAGCAGCUGUCGGUGAUCAAAGAAGAAGUUCAGCAGAACCCAGAGCCUCUCCACAUAAAGGAGGAACAGGAGGAACUGUGGACCAGUGAGGAGGGAGAGCAGCUUAAUGGGCAGGAGGAGCCUGACAACACCAGGUUUCCAAUCACUGACGUUCCCGUGAAGAGUGAAGAUGAUGAAGAGAAACCUCAGUUCUCACAGCUUCAUCAGAGCCACACUGAAGACAACAAAGAGACAACCAGCAGCUCAGCUAAACAAAUGAAAACAGACAGUGAUGGAGAGGACCGUGGAGGACCAAAACAAGAUGAAAAACCAGAUGCAAAUAGUAAUUUGCAACAAAAUAGUGAUGGAGAGGCUUCAGACUGUUCAGAGAUAGAAGUCAGUAUUAGUGAUGAUGAGGAGAAGGAGGAGGAUGACGAAGACGACGAUGAUUGGCAGGAACCUUUGACAGACUCUGAAUCUGAAACUAAAGACAGGAACAAUGAUCACUUGGCAUCUGAGUCGGGUACAGAUACUCUAAAGCAAUCACUUCAGAGACACAUGAUGUGUCAUUCAGGAAAAAGGUCUUCCAGCUGUUUGGUUAAUAAUAACAUUUUGAAAGUAAAGAGAAAUAUAGAUUCACAGAUGACAGUCAACACUGGAGAGAAACCAUUUAGCUGUCUUGUGUGUGGAAAAAGAUUUAAACAAAAACAAAAUCUUAAGACACACAUGCGAGUUCACACAGGAGAGAAACCAUUUCAUUGUGAUCUUUGUGGCAAAAGAUUUAGACAUCAUGAUAGUUUUAAGGCACACGUGAGAAUCCACACGGGUGAGAAACCCUUCAUUUGUGGUGUUUGUGGUGAAAGAUUUACACAGCAACAAAAUCUUAAAAGACACACGAGGGUUCACACAGGAGAGAAACCGUUUGGUUGUGGUGUUUGCGCUAAAAGAUUUACACAACAGGGAGUUCUGAAGAGACAUAUGAGAGUCCACACGGGCGAGAAACCAUUUGGCUGUGAUCUUUGUGGUAAAAGGUUUACUCUGAAAACAUACUUUAAGAAACACAUGAGAGUUCACACUGGUAGCAAAGUAUUUGGUUGUGACAUUUGUGGUAAAAGAUUUAACCGUAGGGCACAUGUUAAAACACACAUGAGAGUCCACACAGGAGAGAAACCUUUUGGUUGUGACGUUUGUAAGAAAAGAUUUAACCGAAAGACAAAUCUCAAAACACACAUGAGAGUCCACACAGGAGAAAGACCGUAUGUAUGCGAUGUGUGUGGUAAAAAGUUUGUACAUCACCAUGAUGUGAAGAUACACGUCAGAGUCCACACUGGAGAAAAACAGUUCAGUUGUGGUGUUUGUGGAACAAGAUUUACUCAGCAGGGAAGUCUGAAGAGACACAUGAGAGUCCACACAGGAGAGAAACCAUUUGGUUGCGAUGUUUGUGGUAAAACAUUUACACAACAGGGAAGUUUAAAUAGACACUCGAAAAGUCACACAGGGUAGUAGCUGUAUAUUUGCAGGAGUGUUUUUAUAAUUGUGAUUUAUAAUUAAACAGUCUCCAUCUGUGUAUACGGCCUGGCUCAUGGUUGCUACCUUUGAUUUUUGUUUGUUUGUUUGUUUGUGUUUUUUAAAUAGCUUGACAGAAUUCUAUUGUAUUUGUUUUGGUGAUUCACUCUGUAAAUCACAAUAUAUUACCAGCUGCUGUGCAAGACGUCCUAAACUGCUGGAAAUAAACAUUAUUUGUGUUGCAAGCUGGAAA